AUGUAUGUUGCUAAUGAAGACAGUAUGUCAUCAUCGGAAGAUGUAAAGUUAAAAACACGUUUCCAAGGGCAAGUGUUGGUUUUGUAUGCGAAAAUCCCACUACGAAUGGAAUCAUUUUUGAACAGUUUGCGAGAAGCUUGCAAGCAGACUUAUAAUCAGCCAAUUACGGUCAAAUGGAUUGAUGAGGAAGGUGAUCCCUGUACAAUAUCAUCUCAGCGCGAAUUAGAUGAAGCGAUACGUUUAUUGCAUGCGAAUGGCGAAGCAGAACUUAAUGUACAUGUUUUCCUUGGCAUUCCUCCUUUGCCUGGUCUUCCUUGCCAUGGAGAAGAUAAAACGGUGUACCGAAGAGGAGCACGUCGCUGGAAGAAAUUUUAUCAUGUCAAUGGACAUCGAUUUCAAGCUAAGAGGCUUAAUCGAAGAGUACAAUGCUUCUUUUGCAAUGAUUACAUUUGGGGUCUCGGGCGACAAGGAUACCGAUGUGCUGAUUGCCGUCUUUGUGUCCAUAAAAAAUGUCAUAGAGCUGUACGACAACCGUGUGGUGAUAACAAUAGUGGUAUAGCGGUUAUGCCAUCACCUUCUGCACCCCUAAUUGCACCAAAAUUUAAUGGAACCACAAUGGAUCGUAUUGGACUUGAUAAUCACGCAUUCAAGGAAUCAGAAAUUGAAGCUGAACAUAUGACUGUUCAACAAGGUUUAGCAGAACGUCGAACCGGUGGUGUAUCAGCAAAAAGUUCAAAAUGGGCGGUUUCUUUGAAUGACUUCAAUCUUUUAACUGUGAUUGGAAGGGGUUCCUAUGCGAAAGUUAUUCAGGCAGAGCAUAAAAAGACAGGUGCAGUAUAUGCAAUAAAGAUCAUCAAAAAACAAAUGUUUAGUGAUGAUGAGGAUAUCGACUGGGUACAAACGGAGAAAUCGGUUUUUGAAACAGCAUCAAACCAUCCAUUUCUUGUUGGACUUCAUUCGUGUUUUCAGGCAAAUACUGAUUCACGGUUGUUUUUUGUUAUCGAAUUUGUUCCUGGUGGUGAUUUAAUGUUCCACAUGCAAAGACAGCGCAAAUUACCUGAAGAUCAUGCCAGGUUUUAUUCAGCGGAAAUAAUAGUAGCUUUACAUUUUCUACAUUCGCGAGGGAUAAUCUAUCGCGAUUUGAAGCUCGAUAAUGUUUUGAUAGAUGCCGAAGGACAUAUUAAGCUUACUGAUUAUGGCAUGUGCAAGGAAAAUAUUGGACCAGGCGAUGUUACCAGUACAUUCUGUGGUACACCAAAUUAUAUUGCUCCUGAAAUUUUGAGAGGAGAAGAUUAUGGUUUUAGCGUAGAUUGGUGGGCACUUGGUGUACUGAUGUAUGAAAUGAUGGCCGGUCGUUCACCAUUUGAUGUAGUUGGUAUGGUUGGAGAUGUGGAACAAAAUACGGAAGACUAUUUGUUUCAAAUCAUUCUUGAAAAGCAAAUACGAAUUCCGAGAUCGCUUUCGGUGAAAGCUGCUGCUAUUCUGAAAGGUUUUUUAAAUAAAGAUCCAAGUGAACGGCUGGGAUGUAAUUUAAAUAUUGAUGAAGCAUUGGAAGAAAUGAAAAGUCAUGCUUUUUUUCGGACGAGCAUCGACUGGGAAUUACUGGAAGGACGACAAGUGACACCUCCUUAUAAUCCAUCUGUUUCCAGUGACCGUGAUUUGCAGCAUUUCGACACAACGUUUACUGAUGAGGCUCCAAAUCUCACACCGGAUGACCCGUGA